UCUUUUAUCCUCAACACCAAACAUCACCGUCUCCCCUCUCAGCCUCUCUCCACCAAUGUCCGGCCACGAAUCCAACAUGCAUCACCCCCGGCAGACUCACCUUGCCGUCCUCUUCAAGACUAUACCUCUUUUUCAUACUAACACUUACGGUUUGCCUCAAAUUGGAGUUGAGGCAGUGAAGGACUCUAAAGGAUUUCAACAUUGCUAUCAAGCCCCGGCGAGUUUCUUUGACCUUCUUUGGUAAGUCCAGCUCUUUAUCUUCAAAACCCAAUCCAAUUCUCCCUACAAUUUCAUGAAUCAUAACCUAAUUGAGAAUUCUCCUUCCUGUAUCAACACCGCCUGGCUUCGCCGAGCUCUGCCGCUAGGCCAUCGUGAACUCUCAUCUUCGCCGGCAAGGGUUCAUAGAUGCCUCGACUUUAAAGACCUGCUUGUGUGGCCUAUUUGGGUCUUUUGGGUAACUUCUGACAACAAGGUAUCAAAUUGGAGACUUGGGAAGGGUUCUGGCAGCAUCAGCAGUUCGGAAUUGAAACAGAGAAAUACAGUCUCAUCCCUUCUGCGUUUUGGUUCACAGAGGUGGACUGCUCCUACUGGGCAUGCAAAGACGACGCUCACCCCUACUACAGUGUCUUUGCAGGUCAAUCUAUUAUUCGAAGCUAGGAGUCAUUCUUUAGAGAACUGUCGCAUUUUGCAUGAUUGUAGUUGUUCUUUUUCCUUAAUAUCAAUGUUUGUAUUUUCCGAGGUUGUUGUAAAUACUUAGUCACCCUUUUGUAUUUGUUAUUCUCUAUUUGGGUUGUAUUUUGUUUAAAACUUGGGCCGGUGACAUUUCACCAUCUUU